AUGCGAGGCCUUCUUAUAGCACCUCCCCACAAUGUGGAUCCGAAGAAUCUCCUCCUCGACGAGUCUGCCAGGAACACCAUUGAAAAUGCUCGCAACACGCUGGAAAUCAUGCGGAAGGAGGCGCCAGGUCAAGAAAUGAAGCUGUAUCUCGUCACUUCCGAGUUUCACUCACCGCGCUCUGAGUACAUCUUCAAAAAUGUUUUGGAUUCACAGAACGCUUCUGAAGUGGCGCUUGAAGCAUAUCCUGCCCCCAGCGGACUGGCUGAUGACAUCUCAGACGAUCCGAAGAAGCCCAUGGUGAGAGACUUCAAGGUCGAUAAGAUCAUGAAGGACAUCAACGAGUGGGGCAUCUUCCUCAGGCUUUGUCAUGAGCAUACCAUCAUGGAGGCCUGGAGAUCACAUUUGAGGGAAAGGAACCCCUACAAGAAGGUGGUAAGAUGUUUGGUAUAG